AUGAGGAUCUUCUACCUGCUCACCUUGCUCCUGCUUUUGCUAGCGACCGUGGUGGUCCCAGCCUCCUCCGCCAGGCCAGGUAAGCAUGAUUUCCUGAACCUGAGGAGAAAGUACCACAGACACUUUUGCCUGCAUAGACGCUGCCUGCCGCUCCACUCCAGGGUCCCCUUCCCCUGACCCGCAGAGAGGAGAUCCAAACAUCACACAUGGACGGACGGAUGGAAGAAGAAGAAGAAGAAGGAGUGCUGGGGGGGGCGUUGCAUGACACCGGUGCCACAAAGAGACAAUCAUGUUCUUCAUGGGUUUGAUCCCAGCACCUCAGCUUCCUCCUCGAUAAGACAAAAAGCAAUCGGAACUCCAAAGAAACAAGGAGUCCACUUAUGACAAAGCCACGGACCAAAAAGGCUUGCUCGCCGCCCCGUCGACCUCAUGUAUUCCUGCCAGUCUUCAUACAUCAUGCAUUCCAUGCACUUGUAAUCUUUAUUCAAUACCUUUUAAUUAAAAAU